CGCAAGCAUCACCAACUCCAUUGAACGUGCCUUCCCUACUGAAUAAUUAAUUCUGAGAACAAAAAUCUCCCUCAUUUUCUGUCGUUUUCUUAGAAUUCAAACACGCAAUUGACGCAAAGAUUGAGAGUACUAAACAACACACUUCCUAGUUGGGCAAAUCUGAAUCAGGAAGAGCUUGGCCAACCACAGUCAGGGAGUUGGCCGGCAUCGGGCGUGACGCCGAUGGCGGAGACUCGAGAAAAUUUUCGGUCAUCUUCUUCUUCUUCUUCAAGUUCAAGUGAACUUUCUGUGAAGUUUGAGCGCAGAAUAGGUGUUGUAAGUAGCAGCGAAGGUAAAGAAAUGGAUUCCAGAGAGACGAGUACGGGAGGCGGUACCGUAAAUAAUGGACAUUCCGAGUCUUCAGGAAAUUCUGGGAAAAGUCUUCCUAAGAUACGGACUCCACAGAAGGACUUGUCAAGCGCAGAGAAACAGGGGCAAGUUUCAAGUCCGCUUAAGUUGGAAAGAGCAAAAACUGAGAGUCACAGACUCCGUAGUAUACUUGCUGAACAGGCAGCCCAAAUUUUUGAUAACAAUAUAUCUGUCGAGCAGAAGAUUAAAUUGUUGAACAGAAUAGCUACUGUGAAAGAUGAUGGAACUGUUGAAUUUGAAGUUCCUGGAGAUGUUGAACCCCAUGAUCUUGGUGCUGCAUCUGAAAAUUUAUGUAGUGAAUUUGUUAAUGAAGAGCCCCUUGACUCACAAGACUAUCUAUGCAUACCACCAUUGCAAAUAGUAAUGCUAAUUGUAGGCACUCGCGGCGAUGUACAACCAUUUAUUGCGAUUGGUAAACGUCUGCAGGACUAUGGCCAUCGUGUUAGAUUAGCUACUCAUUCAAAUUUCAAAGAUUUUGUGUUGACUGCUGGGUUGGAGUUCUAUCCUUUAGGUGGAGAUCCAAAAGUUCUUGCUGGUUAUAUGGUUAAAAACAAGGGCUUCCUGCCAUCAGACCCUUCUGAGAUACCCAUUCAACGAAAUCAGAUGAAACAAAUCAUUAACUCUCUACUUCCAGCUUGCAAAGAGCCUGAUUUAGAUUCUGGUAUUGCCUUCAAGCCGGAUGCAAUCAUUGCUAAUCCCCCAGCAUACGGGCAUACCCAUGUUGCAGAGGCACUAAAAGUACCGAUUCAUAUAUUUUUCACAAUGCCAUGGACGCCGACCAGUGAGUUUCCACAUCCUUUGUCACGUGUCAAGCAAUCAGCUGGAUAUCGAUUAUCGUAUCAAAUCGUUGACUCAUUGAUUUGGCUUGGAAUUCGGGACAUGAUAAAUGAUGUUAGGAAAAAGAAGCUGAAGCUACGACCUGUCACUUAUUUGAGCAGUUCCCAGGGUUCUGAUUCUGAUAUUCCACAUGGAUAUAUAUGGAGUCCUCACCUUGUUCCUAAACCAAAAGACUGGGGACCAAAGGUUGAUGUGGUAGGAUUCUGCUUCCUUGAUCUUGCAUCCAAUUAUGAACCUUCAGAAUCACUUGUAAAAUGGCUUGAUGCUGGUACAAAGCCUAUUUAUAUAGGAUUCGGCAGCCUUCCUGUUCAAGAGCCAGAGAAAAUGACCCAAAUAAUUGUGGAAGCACUGGAAACAAGUGGACAGAGGGGUAUCAUUAACAAAGGCUGGGGUGGCCUUGGCAACUUUGCAGAACCGAAGGACUUUGUGUACUUGUUGGACAAUUGCCCUCAUGACUGGCUGUUCUUACAAUGUAAGGCUGUGGUUCAUCAUGGUGGUGCUGGAACAACUGCUGCCGGUCUUAGAGCAGCGUGCCCAACAACGAUUGUACCUUUCUUCGGUGACCAACUUUUCUGGGGAGAGCAGGUACAUGCCAGAGGAGUAGGUCCUCCACCCAUCCCAGUUGAAGAGUUCUCACUUGCUAAGUUGGUUGAUGCAAUAAAGUUCAUGCUAGAUCCAGAGGUGAAGCAGCGUGCAAUUGAGCUCGCAAGGUCCAUGGAGAAAGAAGAUGGAGUAACUGGUGCAGUUAAGGCAUUUUUUAGGCAUUAUCCUCAUCAGGAGGCUCAGACUAAGCCCGAGACCAAUGUUGAGGCAGAGCCAUCAACAGAACCAUCACGUUUUUUCUCCAUUAGGAGAUGUUUUGGUUGUUCUUGAGUCUCAUAAAUGCCUAUACUCCAUCCUCGUAUCAUUGUCAAUCACACAACCCUUGUCGUAUCACAUAAUAAGAUAAACGUCCUCAACAGUUUACUCAGCCUCCCUUUGUGAAUUCUUUGCCGAAAGUCCUGUCCCCGCUUGCGGACUCAAAAUUUUUUGGGUUUUGCUGAGUCAACAUUUAUUAAUUGCAUAGCCUUCUUAUCGUUCAUUUAUAUGUAUUAAAGGGAAUGUGGUUUUGUACAAGGUUGUUGCUUUUAGCCAUUUCGACUUCAUUUUUA